AUGUCGCGGCCGCCAUUGCCCGCCGCGCCGUUUCCCGCCAUUCGCUCCGUAAUUUACGAGCGACGCGGCCCGAGCCGACCGCUCGUCGGGAGCGGCCCGGGACCGAUUUAUGGCGCAAUUCCCACAAUGGCGGACCGCGCGGCGCUCGGACUAAGUCCCGUCGCGUCCGAAAUCGGACUUGUGUCGGCAAAGGCCGCGGGCCGACGCGACGCGGUCGAGUUUCUUCGCUCGUUUAAU